AACUAAUGUUUCCAAUUGAUUUCUUUUGUUCCACACAUUUUUCUUCAGGUUGAGGGACUGUAACCUCUCAGAGAGAAGCUGUGCAGCUCUGUCCUCAGUUCUCAGCUCCCAGUCCUCCAGUCUGAGAGAUCUGGACCUGAGUCACAACAACCUGCAGGAUUCAGGAGUGAAGAAGCUUUCUGCUGGACUGGAGAGUCCACACUGUGGACUGGAAACUCUCAGGUCCUUCUUAUGACUACGUAUUUGAAUCUGUCAGGAUGUCUGAUCACAGAGGAAGGCUGUGCUUCUCUGGCCUCAGCUCUGAGCUCCAACCCCUCCCAUCUGAGAGAGCUGGACCUGAGAUACAAUCAUCCAGGAGACUCAGGAGAGAAACUUCUGUCUGCUGGACUGGAGGAUCCACACUGGAGACUAGACAUUCUCAGGAUGGACCAUGGUGGACCAGAGAGGCUGAAACCUGGUGUGAGGAAGUAUGCCUGUGAACUGGAACUGGAUCCAAACACAAUGAACAGAAACCUCAAACUGUCUGACAACAACAGGAAGGUGACACGUGUGGAGGAGGAUCAGUCAUAUCCUGAUCAUCCAGACAGAUUUGAUCACUGGCCUCAGCUGCUGUGUAGAAAUGUUCUGACUGGUCGCUGUUACUGGGAGGUCGAGUUGAGAGGAAGAGUUAAUAUAUCAGUGAGUUACAGAAGAAUCAGCAGGAAAGGAGGCAGUUAUGACUGUUUGUUUGGAAGGAAUAAUCAGUCCUGGAGACUGAGAUUCUCUGAUGAUGGUCGUUACUCUGCCUGGCACAAUAAGAGAAAAACAUCCAUCUCCUCCUCCUCCUCCUCCUCCUCCUCCUCCUCUGUCUCUAACAGAGUAGCAGUGUAUGUGGACUGUCCUGCUGGCACUCUGUCCUUCUACAGAGUCUCCUCUGACACACUGAUCCACCUCCACACCUUCAACACCACAUUCACUGAACCUCUGUAUGCUGGAUUUGGGUUCUGGUCCAGGUCUGGUUCAGUCUCUCUGUGUCCUCUGUAGGAGGGAGAGUCUCUCUGUGUCUCUGUAGGAGGGAGAGUCUCUCUGUGUCCUCUGUAGGAGGGAGAGUCUCUCUGUGUCCUCUGUAGGAGGGAGAGUCUCUCUGUCUCCUCUGUAGGAGGGAGAGUCUCUCUGUCUCCUCUCUAGGAGGGAGAGUCUCUCUGUGGACAUAAACUCUGCUGACUGAAGA